GGAGCUUAUAGUGAGUGCGAGGCGGUAAGUGCGGCCUCCAUGCCUGGCUCCGGCUGCAUUGUGGGAGUCUGACCUCACUUACUCGCCGACAUGGGAGCCGUCACGGACGAUGAAGUUAUACGCAAGAGACUUUUGAUUGAUGGCGAUGGAGCUGGCGAUGAUCGAAGAAUUAACUUGUUGGUAAAAAGUUUCAUAAAGUGGUGCAAUUCCAGCUCCCAAGAAGAAGGAUAUACCCAGUACCAGCGAAUGCUGAGCACCCUAUCUCAAUGUGAGUUUUCCAUGGGAAAAACUCUUCUCGUACAUGAUAUGAACCUGCGGGAAAUGGAGAAUUAUGAAGAAAUAUAUAACAACAUUGAGAGUAGCAUUGCUGCAGCGCAUGAGAAAAUUGCAGAGUGCAAGAAGCAGAUCUUGCAAGCGAAACGCAUCCGAAAGAAUCGUCAAGAAUACGAUGCGUUGGCCAAAGUGAUACAGCAUCACCCAGACAGACACGCAACGUUAAAACAACUUGAUACUUUAGGAGUAGAGCUUCAGCAAUUGUCACAAACUAAACAGAAUGUGGAAGAUAAGCUGGAAUUAAGGAGAAAACAGUUUCACGUUCUUCUCAAUACCAUUCAUGAGCUUCAACAAACUCUAGAAAAUGAUGAGAAACGUGCUGAGGAGUCUCAGGAUUCACAAAUGGACACACAAAACCCUUAGAACAUUGUAGUGUCCCUAACUGUGCUACGGAUUUUAGUUGUCUUAGAAAUAUCUACGGGGUAUCUUUUAAGCAAUGUUUUUGUUAAAGUUUACGUUAUCACAGCACCAGCAUCUUAUUUGUUUGGAAUUAUAUUUCCCAUUGGUACACAUUUGGCCCCUAAGGGUUGUGUAUCCCACAUCAUCACGCACAUAAACAGAAUAUUUGAACAUAAGUUUUGAAUAAAAAUAAAAUUCCUGCUGGAUUAAACAUGGUGUUUUGUUAAUUGUUUUAUGUUUUGAGUUAUUCAAUAUUAAAAUGAGAUGUUU